UGUAUAUGGGAGGGCGUACAUGUAUACACAUUUGGAUUCUGAUUACAUGUGUACGUAGCAUUCUCGGCGUCAGAAUCGAAUGUGAAUGCAGCACUGCGCAGCGUUGAAACGUCAAGUCAAGAGAAAAUGUCGAAGUCCGACGAUAGGAAAAUCAAAGACACGUCAGGCACAGCCUUUCGUAAAAUUGAUGUCGACCAGUAUAACGAGAAUAAUUUUAAAGAGGAAGAUCCCGACCAAGGAGUCACCGGACCUACUGGACCAGACGAGAAUGAGAUACUCUCACUCCUUAGCCAGGGUAAACAUGCUGAAGCUUUAAUUUCCGUUCUAAAAUCAGCUCCCCUAGGGUGUAAAAACCAGCAAGUUAAGGACAAUGCUCGAAACUUGACUCAAAAAGUACUACUAAGUAUAAAAACAAAUCAAAUGGAUGAUUGCAUAGCUCAACUGGAUCGUGAUCUGCAGGAUAAUCUGAUGAAAUACAUAUACCGUGGUUUUGAAAUACCAAAUGAAGGUAGCAGUGGACAUUUAUUGGUGUGGCAUGAAAAACUAUAUAAUGUUAGUGGAGUGGGCAGUAUUGUUAGAGUACUUGCCGAUAGUAAAAGAGCUUGA